AUGGGAGGCCAACUAACAAAAGAACAGGCUCUUCUGCCUUUCGGUUAUGUCUCCACCGAAAACGACAACAAACAUCCGCGGACGCUGCCCUUCCCGUCCAUCACAAGAGGACUUCACACAAUACACGGCGCACACUCAUCUCCCGAAUCUACUAACCCUCUCGACUCUGCAGACUAUUCACGUAUUGUAAAUACUAAUACUCACGACACCUCCUCAUUGCACACGGUUGCAACUGAAAUCUCUCCUGAACAUCGACGAGAAUCUGUACAUACACACGACCAUGAUGGAGAGUGUCAGGCAUGCUGGGACGGUGUGCCUGAGAUUGUUGACGACUUUGAAGUGGAUAAAACUGGUCUGGCAGAAAUAUCCUUCAAAGAGUUGCCUAGUCUGACGGAAAUUGGCUUGUGUCGAACAGGAUUAGCAAAAUUGAGUCCUAACAUAUGCUUCUUGUUCACAACCACGACGCUACAAAUUUGCUGCAACCAGUUGACUUAUAUACCAGCAGAAAUAGGUUACAUGAAGAGUCUGACCUCACUUGAUGUAUCAAACAACCAACUUCAAUACAUCCCUGACACUGUUGGAUUUCUGCAAAGACUGGUCGAACUCAAACUAUCAAACAAUAAGCUCGUAUCAAUACCGUCAUCAAUCGGUUCACUAAAGAAACUCAAUACUCUCUUGCUGGAUUGCAAUCGCAUAACAGAGCUACCGGCCGAACUUGGAGAACUCAAAACCCUGGUUACGCUUGAUAUCAGCGAGAACCCUAUAACUGUGAUUCCAGCCGAGAUAGGUCGAUUGGAGUACCUCAGAAAACUGAAAAUCGACUGGUGUCCACUGCAAACCGAAUUUGUGCACGAGUUAGUCCACUCUCCUCCGUCACUCAAGGAACUUGCUGCUCGUACUAUCGUUCGUCUUCAGAUUCCGAUUCCAGAAGAUUGUACAGAAGAUAUGAAAGAUUAUCUUUCAAGUGCCAAGAAAUGUUCGUUCUGUUCCGGACCUUACUUCGAGUCGUAUGUCAAACGUGGUAAAAUAAUUGAAAAGCACAGUCAGCAUAUUCCGUGGGAAUACAGAUUAUGCUGUCCGCACUGGAAUACGGAACAAGAGCGUGUCAAUCUGCUAUUCUGUCCGUUGCCCUCUACUGCUCCCGCUCGUGAACCGUAUCGUAGGUUACGUUCCCCGUCUGUAGAUAAUUACGCUGAUGUCGGGAAUUCUUCGAUAGUCUCAGAUAAUGCUUCUGUUAUGUCAUCGCAGAGUAAAAUUCCCCGAGGGGUAUCCACGCGCUCGAUAAACAUCAACUCGCUCACCCGUACGCCUGUACUUCCCAACUUACCACGGAUGCCAAGAUCGUCGUCCCCACAGUUGAGCAUCAGAGAGGACGAUAAGAAAAAAAAUACGAGCAAAAAGAGUGGCUUGUGGAGGAAGAAAAAGAACAGUGCUGCUGAGGCUAUACUAGGCAAGUCAACUAUGCCUCGUGCCGGUAAUGGGUCAAAGCUAUUGCUUAGUAGAUGGCGGUCAGGAACUGCAGAAAAGUUUUGA